UUUUGUGCUCGGGCUCGAGGAAAUCGUGCAAAAACCAGCAGCGAAACGGGCUGCAUAUGAGCAUUUAGUAUAUUAUUCUACUGUCUUCCAUUUUGGAAGCUAUGGCCACUCCCAUCAAAAGAAGGCUGUUUUCUGAUCAUUACAUGGCGACUGCAGAUGGAGUGGUGGAAAUUGACAGCUUGGAAAAGGGUUUAUUGACGGAAUCGCGAGAUGGUGUUUCUGGUGAAGAUUAUGAAUCUAAUGAUGAUACAGUGCUUUAUAAGGCAUCAUUUGAGGACAUGGAAGAGAAAUUUGUCAAGUACAAAACUGCUCAAUGGGUUAUGUACUCAUUGCUGCUAAUAUUGGCUUGGGGUGUUGGAUUAUUCAUGCUUCUGUAUCUUCCUGUGCGGAGAUAUAUCUUGCGGAAAGAUAUUCGAUCGAGAAACCUUUAUCUCACGCCUCAUGCCAUUGUGUACAAAGUCACAAACCCUGUAGCAUUUCCUUGUUUUGGAGUGUUGAAGAAAGAGAAGCAUGUUUUAUUACCUUCAGUUGCAGACAUCAUAAUUGAGCAAGGAUAUUUGCAGUCUCUUUUUGGUGUCUAUUCUCUGAGAAUUGAGAAUGUUGGUGUAAGAAGGCCACCAAGUGAUGAUGUUCAAAUUCAAGGUAUUGCAAAUCCAGGUGCUUUCAAGAAGGCUGUCUUGACACGGCUAUCGUACAUGGGAAGUGAGCAUGGGUCUAGACGAGUUUCCACAAUUGAAGACAUUCCAAGUUUGAGGAUAGGUCGUCCAUCAUCCCCUUUGAUGUCUCCAUCAAAAUCUCUCAGGCAUGAUCUGCUUGCUAAUACUGGGGACCUAAUGCUACUGCAGAAACUGGAGGAAGUCGGAAAUGCUGUGAAGAAAGUUCAAACUUUCAUUGAGGAGCAACAUUCUCAAUCAUAAGCACCAGCUGGUUAAGGUUCGCGCAUUUGUAGUUUUAUUUUCCUAUCUAUUUUGUAGUUUCAAUUUCCCAGAAUGGUUCUUUAUACUUUAGGUGAUAGUUUUUGUCAAAUUCUACUGUCAACGAGAUUGGGAGAAUUUAAUCAGUUAACAAAAUAUUAAGUUCCCUCAGCCUCAGCUGUACUUUUACUAGUUUGACCUAUUUAUGAUGCCUUCUGCAUGCUACUGGCUAGCAAGGUGGCACUUGUACUAAAAUUCAACUGGUUUGACAAGUAAGCUCAAGUGUCAAACAGCCCAUGGGCUAUGUAUCAGUUCAAAUGAAAUGGGCUACCACCAAAUUUUAAUGCAAAUAUGAUUUGUUCUGCA